AUGAAUAAUUCUUACGCUUUAGCUAUACAUAGAGAUUUUCAUUCUGGAAAUAUACUAUACUCACAAUUUAAUGAUCUUGGAUUUUGUGGACCUGCUGAUAAAUCAUCAAAAACCAAAAGUGUGCCAGGAACUCCAUUAGAAUAUAAAAAUUUAAUGAAAGAAUGUUGGGAUGCCAAUUCAUUAAAAAGACCUGAUAACUAG